GGACAUGGCUUCUUCGAGUCAAUUCUCAGCCACGGUUUCCCCUUUCCGCUCCAGUGGAGGAGACUCACGGGACCAGGGUGCAGGUCACGGCAAAGCCCUUCCAGAUUAUCGCCGCCGAGGCCGUGCUGGUUCCACCGGUGCUCCACGCGCUCAACUUCACCGGCGAAGACGAGCAGAAACGGCGGCAACGAUCCGAGUUCGUAGAUCCGGUUCCGUUUCUGGAUCCGCAUCCAGUUUUCGAGCUUCUCCGUGUACCGUCCCUCGCGCCAUUUCCACAAAUCGAUCACCAUCACGCCGGUGUUAAAGUAGCACGCUUCGCGUCCCUUAAACGACGCCGCAUAGCUAGGGCUCGACCAGAACCGGUGCGUGAAGUAAUUGGUGAAGUUAGCGUGGCAGUACUCGGGCGCGCCGAGGACGCGCGCGUGGAGAUCGAUGCUCCACAGCUUCGCCACGUCAUCCACGACGAUCAGAUCGGAAUCAAAGUAGAUUAUUCGCCGAACGUUCGCCGGAAGUAUGUCGGCGAGGUACAUCCUCGCGUAAUUCAGAGGCUGGUCCAGCGCGCGACGGAUAGAGUACGAGAUCUUGCCUCGUACGAGAUUGGCAUCGAAGUGGUAGAGGUGGAAGGUUAAGUACGGGAACGUAGUGGUAAUGAUGCGCCGGAGCUCUGGCCGGCGGUGCGUGGUGGCGAUGAAGUGGAACACGACGUUCUCCGGACACGACGCGUGCUGCAGAACGGAGAACACGCCGGCGACGGAGCCUCGUAGGUAGGUCGCGUCCAGCGUCAUCGCGAUGUGGAUGACGGAGCCGCCAUGAACUCGCUUUUGGCAUUCCCUUCCAUUGCGGAAUGCCGGCGCUUCCCGGAACGUUGGAAGCUCACCGGAGAUUACGGUUGCCGGAGAAUGCGCCGCGUGGGCGAAGAAGAAUAACAAGACUAACGAGAUAGUGUGUGUAAGUGUGAAUGUGAGUGUCGGUGGCAUGGUGAUGCAGCAGAAGCAUCGAAAACGAAAAUUGGAACAAUGAAGAGUAUUUUUGUGAAGGUGUAGGGGUAUUUUGGGUAUUGUGUAUGUCUCGGUUGGGUGUGGGCCCCUAAUAGGACAACAUGGUAGGAAGCCAGGCUGGAAAGACGCGUCUAUGGUUUUAGCUUCGAGAUGUGUGCGCUGUGUUAUCGUUACGUGAGGAUGUCCGAUUUUCACCGCUGGAUCUAUUAAUUGUGAGAAAUGAACGGUUGGGAUUUGAUGGGGGUGAACGGAACAAGGGGCGCGAGAGUAAAGGCAUGCGGUGGGCUUGUCUGCACUCGAUAAUAGCGAUUCGCGUCUGAAUCUCACGCUGUUGACGGAACUGCGAGUUGGAAUGAUUAAGUGUUAUAAAUUAAUUAAUUGAUUAAUUAAUUGUUAUUUAGCGUGUAAUGACGCGCGAUAUUAGAUUGAAGAAUUGUUCUAAUUUGACUGAGGACUGUUAACACGCAGGUAUAUUACCGUUGGUUGGACGUGGAAUUGCUUAGAGCUUCUAAUUAUGAUGAGUUGCGGAAACGAUACACGCAAAUGAGUGUUUCUUACCACAUCGACUGUGGGAGUCCAACCAACACCACCGACCCGUUCAACAACACCUGGCUCUCUGACCGCUACUUCAGCGGCGGUGCCGCUGCGAUCGUGUCGGAGCCGCUGCACUUCCGGCACGCGCACGAGAAGACGCUCCGCUUCUUCCCAAUCUCCUCCGGCAAGAAGAACUGCUACACAGUCCCUUCCCUCCCCCCGUCUCGCUACCUUGUUCGCACCUUCGUCGUCUAUGACAACUACGACGGCAAGUCCCACCCUCCGUCCUUCGAUGUUUCUGUCUCAGGCACCGUCGUCUUCUCCUGGCGCUCCCCGUGGCCCCAAUCGCUCGCACGCAACGGCGCUUACGCUGACCUCUUUGCUUCAAUCCUCACUUCCGAAGCCCUAAUUUGCUUCUACAGCUUCGCCACCGAUCCUCCGGUGGUAUCCUCGAUUGAACUCUUCUCCGCCGAUUCGGCUUCCUACGAUUCCGCCUCAAUUGGCGACAACGGAACCUUGCUCGUCAACUACGGAAGACUCUCCUGCGGUUCGGACCAGUGGGGACCGGGCUUCACUAACGAUUCCGACCGGUUCGGCCGCUCGUGGCAGUCCGAUGCGGAGUUCCGAACCGGAAGGAACGAAGUCAUUGCUGUUUCGACGAGGAAUGGCGUCAGCGGGACCGAUCAGAAGCCGAAUUACUUCCCGACGAAACUGUAUCAGACGGCGGCGAGGACGGCGGUGACGGCGGAGGAGGGUGGUGGUGUGUUGGAGUAUGAAUUGAACGUGGACGCGAAGCUUGAUUACUUGUUGUGGCUGCAUUUUGCGGAGAUUGAGGGGAGGGUGCGAAGUGCAGGGGAGAGGGUGUUUGAUGUGUUCGUCAAUGAAGUGAAUUUGACUAGGGUUGAUAUAUACAAGCAGGUUGGGGGUUUUGCUGCGUUUACUUGGCAUCACACGGUGAAGAAUUUGAGUAGCAGCGUGUUGAGUGUGAAGCUUGUUGGUGUGGUGGGUGCUCCUCUCAUUUGUGGGAUUGAGAAUUAUGCUUUGGUUCCUAGUGAUCCUUCCACGGUUCCUCAACAAGUGAUUGCCAUGAAAGCGUUGAAAGAUUCACUUCGGGUUCCUGAAAGAAUGGGUUGGAACGGUGAUCCUUGUGCUCCUACUAAUUGGGAUGCUUGGGAGGGAGUUACCUGCCGUAUGAGCAAGGAUAAUACUGCUCUGGUGAUAAGUCAAAUUGAUUUGGGAAGUCAAGGCUUGAAAGGAUUCAUUAGUGACCACAUUAGUCUUUUGUCAGACUUGGUAAGCCUGAACCUGAGUUCUAAUUUGUUGGUGGGUGAAAUACCUUAUGGACUUGGUAAAAAAUCCUUGAUACACCUGGACCUAUCCAACAAUCAGUUAACAGGCUCCAUACCAGACAGUAUAGCCUCUUCAAGUUUGCAGCUUGUGCUAUUGAAUGGUAACUUAUUGGAAGGACGAGUACCAGAGGAACUUUAUUCGAUUGGUGUGCAUGGAGGAGCUAUUGAUCUCUCUGGCAACAAAGGUUUGUGCGGUGUACCAUCUCUGCCAGCUUGUCCUAUGUUUUGGGAGAAUGGCAAAUUAUCUACUCAGGGUAAAAUUGCAAUAGGCUUGUCCUGUCUUUUUGUUUUCUGUGUGAUACUGCUGCUGGUCUAUAUUUACAUCAGGAGGAUAAGGAAUGACUAUGAUUUUGCUCUGCCUCAUGAAUUAACAUCAUUAGCCGCCAAAAGAAAUCGAUAUCAGAGGCAGAAAUCCUUAAUGGUUCUUGAGAUGGAGAGCCAACACGCCAAGGGACUACCUUCACAUUUUACCACUCAAUAACUGUUUCUUUUAAUGGAAAUGGAAUGUUGAUUUUCAUAGUUUUCAGCUAAACAUACACCGACACAGCUUCGAGAAAGGGUCUGAAUGCGUUCCAGAGCAUCAAUACUGGGUCGUGACGUGACAACACUGCGGCUUUAGGUGAAAAAAAGUCUCGUACAACUUUCUUUGUCUCGGCAAGGUUUCUGGAAGCCACUUAUACGAUUCAUGCUGUGUCACAUUGUUUCUUGACACAAAAAACAGCUUAUACCCUGUGAUGUCAAUACUUAGCCGCAGCUUUUGCUGAAAAUGUGAUAGGUACAAUCCAUCAAUGUAUAAAAUUGGAGCCACAAGUUAGUGUCCAUUUUUUGAAGGCACCUUGAUUCUGCUUGAUUCAUAACACUGUAUACUGAUUUAUGUAGCUUAACAGUAGCGAUUGGACUUCAAAGUACAAUGUAUUUCAAGUAUUUUCAUUCGUUUAUACCAUUCAUGACGAAAAAUUCCAUCUUUUGUUCACGAUAAGGAUUUCUAUUUUUAGUUCCACGUACAAGGUAUAAUACUAGAAUUAUUUUU